AUGGCGAUGAUGAUGACUGGCCGUGUGCUGCUGGUGUGUGCCCUCUGCGUGCUGUGGUGCGGUGCCUGCUGUGGUGGACGAGCUGAAACAUCUCUUCCAGAUUCUUCGGGUACUACGUCCAGUGAAGGCAAUGAUUCUGAAAGCGACAAAAAUUCCAUAGGUGGCGCUGGAGGAGUUGACCAAAGCGGUAAACCGGCACAGUCACAAGCAGCAGGACUAUCGGUGCAAGGCGCAACCGGAGUGGCAGCGGAAAAUGCAAUAAAAACCGAGGCACAAGUAUCGUCAACGGCAGACGCAGAGAAGAAAAAGGAGGAAGAAACGCAACGAGCUGAAGAUGUUGUUGAAAAGAAGGGUAAAGAGCAGGAACCGAAAGGGGAGGAAGAAGAAGAGGAGAUUGAGCAAGGAGAAGGGGAAGGAGAAGAAGAAAGGCGAGAAGAAGAUAAGGACGAGGAAGAGCAAGAAGAAAAAAGUAAUGGUCAGAAGGAAGAACAGGAGGAGACAAAGAAAGGAGAAGCUGUUACCGGCACCAUAGGGGGGAUGUCGGCAGGCACUGAAGAGCAGCCAAGUUUAUCUUCCGGCGCGGCGGGAGCAUCGAAUAAAACAAAUCCCAACAGCACACCAACAACUGGAGACGAUGAUUCAACAGCUGAUGGUGCAGGAACGGCAGAGGGAAAACAAAAUGAAAAUAAAGAUGCCAAUCCGAAGGAAGCACCAGUGACGGCGGCAGCCACGAAAAAUACAACGGCGACGUCUGGCGACAGUGACGGCAGCACCGCAGUCUCCCACACCACCUCCCCUCUUUUGCUUCUUGUUGCGUGUGCGGCUGCUGCUGCGGUGGUGGCCGCGUGA